AUGGCGAUGCCAAGGUCCAUAUCAAUCGCGCAAGCCGACGUUCAUAGUUCAACGUCUAUACUUAAUUUUGAUAGUCAACUCGAUAAUGAUAAUGACUACGUUGAAGUCAUAGACUACCACCGAGAACCGUACUCGCCAAUAACACCAACAGACGAUUGUUAUGAGGCGACGACGGCGACCGAAGCCGUGACCUCUCCACAAGAAAUAACAAGUAGACGAAAAGCAGGGCGUCCAAAAGGGAGCAAAAACAAAAAAAACAUUAAUAAAAAUGCAAGUAAUUUUUCAUCACUGGUUGUUGGUGGUAGCGCUGAUUCAAUAAGUUUCGCAGAAAAUGGUAGUCAGCAGCAGCUGACACCGCCAAUAGCGACACAGCAACAACUACAACAUGUACCUAAACGUCCAAAAAGAAAAAAGUCAGAGGGGAGUACCACGCUAUUACCACCACCUCAGCCGUCAAUGAUUGAAGUGCUUGUCACAUUUAUCAGCAAAGUUCAAUGCAAGGACGAGCCACGUCGUCUUUCUCGUGAGGAAAUGAUACGCGUAGGCACAUAUAUUUUUGAUAAUAUAUUAUCACAUUCGUUCGCUCGACCGUUCGUAAACCCGGUGCCAUUUGACGCUUACUAUUAUCGAAGUCAAAUCCCUAAAUUGAUGGAUUUAACGACGGCUGAGCAGAAAUUGUGGGCGGGGAAGUAUAAAAAGGUUUCGGAUUUGUAUGCCGAUAUUAUACAGAUUAUGGUGAACGCUGUGACAUUUCAUAGAGAGGGCGCUUUGAUCUACGAAGAGGCAAGACAAAUGUGUGAAUAUUUCGUCUCUGAAAUAUAUCCAUUGGUAAAUGAAUGCUUAUUUGAUGAUGAACCUUCACCUAAUAUCCCACCGAUGCCAUUACCUUCUGAAGAAUUUGAUGAAUCUUGUUUUAAUCAUUAUAGAAAAAAGAUUAGUGAUCUCUAUUUAAUACCCAUCGCCACAGUCAGAGAAAAUAAAAAAGUACUCACGGGCAAUGCAGCUGAGCGACUUGAGAUAUUUUGUCACCCGCUAAUUGAAAUAUUUACAGAUAAAGAAACACCUCCGGUGAAUUUCGAUCUAACAGAAAGGACAAGAAACUUUGCUCGACUAUAUUGCACUGGAGGAAGAGAUAUGCUGAGUGGUAGUAUCGAUGAUCCGUACGCUGUUGCCGUUAUAAUGUCCGAUAUUCAGUAUAGCAAGACGACUGAGACGAUGAAGUCUAACGUUUUGGUGGUGAAGCCCUUUGGACCGCAGCAUGAUUUGAGCACGGUCGAUUUUCCCGAGAUAAAUGAUGCACGAUGUUGGGUCAGAUGCGCGAUUAUUAACAGAUUGAUGAAUAUUAGUCUCAAAUUACCGUGGAACUAUUUUGGUAAAACUUUGCCGUAUAGUGUCAUCAAAUUGGAGGAAGUGACUGUUAAUCCUCAGUUUUAUCAUGACCUGAUGGAUUCGCUAGAAUUCGAUUAUUCAAGUUCAGAAUCAGAAUCGGAUGAUGAUUCAAUAUCAUCAAAAGAUUCGAUAGCAUCAAAAGAUUCAAUAUUAUCUUAUUCUUACCUUUUUAAGGAGAAGUGCCACGAAAAGAAAGAAGUAGUGGAGAAUAUUGUGAAAGAAUCUACUUAUGACAUCAAUGAUGCGGCGGAGAACGAAACAGAGAAAGACGUGACAGAAGAACCACAUGAUGACAAUGAGAUUAAAAUAAAGCAUAAAAAUAUUAAAAAUAUUGAAUUAAUUAAUAAUAAUAACACCAAUGCUUCUAAUAAAGAUCAAACAAAAGAAAUUAUCCAAGUUAAUAAUAAUCAAUCACAAAUAAUUGACAUGACAGAAAAAGAAGAAAAUUCAAAGAACAUUAACGGAGAAAUUAAUGACAACGACGACGACAUCUCGUUGCUUGUAAAUUCUCCAAAACCAAUGAUAUCAGAAGACGAACAGGAAAUUAUAACGCCACAGAAUUUAUCGCCAUCGCUUGACCUUAUAAAAGAAAAUGAUUUGAUGUUUAAUAAUAAUGAAAAAUAUAAUAGAUCAAGUCAACAAUUAGAUACGGAUGAAUUAGAAUGGCAAUUAGAAAAAGAAAAGUCACAUUGUUCUCCUGUUGCUGAAUUAUAUGAGAAUUUAUCGGAGGAAGAGGAAAAACAGAUGGUAAAGAAGGUGACAUCAUCAAACUCGUCAAUACGACGACCGCCUCUAUCUCCGCCAAAACCUAAACCAAAACAGCAAGUUCAACGUCAACUACGGCCAUCCACAAUUAAACAAAAGCGAAAGGUACCCCGUGUACUCCAUUUGUCCAGACAGCAGCCACUUAGAAAACAACCUCCACGACAGACUAAAUUAAGGAUUGCCACUACACCACAAACAUCUCCCACAAAAAGUCAAUUUACACCAAAUCAAUUAAAAGCUCCAUCUUCAUCAAAAUCAACAACAAAAACUCACCCAUCAUCUAAAUCUACAACAAAAAUUUCUUCAUCUAAAUCUAAAUCUACUACAAAAACCUCAUCCUCCUCUUUCUCGAAACCUAAAAAAGCCCAACCAUCUACGUCAAAGACAAAUAAAGAAAAAUCACCAGUAACAAAUUCCGCACAACAAAAAUCACCGAUUCCAAAGAAGCGAAAAGCAUCUGUAUAUGAAGAAGAAGAUUCAUAUCAUGAAAUGGAUAAGGAUGCGGAGGAAGAGCAGGAUCACCAGUAUCAUGAUGACGAAUCCAUGCAAGAGGAAAAGUAUCAUCGACCAAACCAUAAAUUGGACUUGGGUAUUAGAACUCAUAUUGGGAUAAUAAGAGUGGAAGAUAUUCAAUCUGACACAGAAAUUUCCGAUUACUCUGAUCAGGAACCGUCUUCAUCUUCCAGUAUACCAAAUAAUAAAAGUAGUCAAUCCAAGAGUAUUUGGCAGAGCUUCAAGGACU